AUGUGCGAAAUUGCAAAUGAAACGCCGUCCACACGGGUUAAGUGGAGCCUUAUGCGUGUUGGCAAAGAGCUGCGCACGCAUGACCAAGGAAUCCGUUUUGCAGAGGAAAACGGUUUAAUACCGAGAGAGCAAUUGUGCCCUGUACACAAGUUUCCAAAGAGUAUUCGGAAAGGGGGCAAAUUUGGAUAUUUUGUGUGCUACAGGGGCACGUGCACAAAAAGGCCACGUGUUUCAAUAACCAUGGGGACAUGGUUUGAAAACGUUCGCUUCAGUGUCCCUCGAGUAUAUUUUUUGAUGUACUGCUUUGCGUGUCGUAUGUCCCGCGAAGAAGUUUUGCGCGAGGACUAUACUAAUGAGGGGAAAACUUUGUCAUCUGCAACAAUAUCAGACUGGUAUAGUUAUUGCCGAGAGGUCGUGGUAAUAUACCAGUUGGACCACCAAUAUGAACAAGGAAAAAUUGGUGGUCCGGGAAAAACUGUUCAGAUCGACGAAAGUAAAUUUGGUCGGCGAAAGUACAAUAAAGGCAGGCGCGUAGAGGGACACUGGGUCCUUGAGAUGAUUGAAGAUGGUAGCGAGGACAUACGCCUCGAAGUAUGUCCUGACAAUCUUCGAACGGCGGACAUUUUAAUACCUUUGAUACAGAAGCACGUGGCUGAAGGAAGCGUAAUUCGGACGGACUGCUGGCGGGCAUAUGACGCAUUACCAAAUUUUGGUUCAAUUGCUAAGCGUUACUUAAUUUUCACAAUUUAA